AUGUCCAGUUCAAGUGAGGAUGAUCCAAACAUUGAUCCAGAAGUCAGGUUUAUUAUGGAGGGAAUUGCACGUUUGGUCGCCAAGCAUGGGUUGUGGAUGGAGAGCAGGUUCUUGGAGGAUAAUGUGAAUAAUAAACUAUACAACUUUCUGAGGAUCCCCAACCAUCCUUAUCUAGCUUUUUAUCGAAACAAGAUUGUUGAAUACCGAAAUGCUCAUCAGAAACAAUGUAUCAAACCUCCUUGUUCUACUAAUUAUGUUGCACAGCCUCCAGUUGUAGAAAUUAAGUGUCCUGAAGGGAUGAAACCCAAUGAUUUUGGCGUUAUUAAACUCACAGCUCAUUUUGUGGUGAGGUAUGGGAGGCAUUUCUGGCCCGAUUUGCGGCCAGCGAGUAAACCUAACCAACAUGCUUGCAAAGAAACAUUUCUCGAAGGGGUUUUCAAUAUUCUUCAAGGGAAAAAGCAUGAUGAGGAGGAGGGAGUAGAGAUAGAGAGGGAUGUUGUUGAUGUGCAUGAUUUCUCGGGAUGUCUUGACUAUUUUGCUUGUAGUGAUGAUGGAAAGUGGAAAUCGCCUGGAUGCAUUUCAGCACAAAUGUUGUCUGAUGGUAUGCUUGAUGCUCCACCAACUGAUGAUGAUGCACAAGGUCAACCCAAUCCUCUAUUUACGGAUCCUCCAAUACCUCGCGAUUAUCCAUUUACAUAUCCUAAAGGGAUCACACGUAGGCAGCUUGGUAUUAUCAAGGUCACAGCGCAGUUUUAUGUGAGGUAUGGGUAUGCAUUUUGGAUGGCUUUGAAAAGGAGAUUGGCUAUAAUAGAUAACUCUCAGUUAAACGCUCAGUUCAAGUUUAUCAUGCCAGAAGAUAGGGAGAUUAAGGGUGAUUAG